AUGACAGUUACCACAAUUUCUCAAGCAAAGGAGCAGCGAUAUGAUCGGCAACUGCGCCUUUGGGGCGAUCGUGGCCAGGAAGUCCUUGAAGGAGUCCGAAUCUGCGUCAUCCGGGCCGGUGCAGUGGGUUCCGAACUGCUGAAAAAUCUUGUUCUCCCCGGCGUUGGGAACUUUACCAUCGUUGACAGUGCUCUCGUGACUGAAAAUGAUCUAGGAAACAACUUCUUUGUCACUAAAGCGUACCUUGGAAAGCCACGAGCCCAGGCAGUUACUGAGUUGAUUUCGGAACUGAAUCAGGACGUUAAGGGAGCCUUUGUUGUGGAGACUCUGGAUGAGCUUUUAGACAAUGAUCCAGGAUUCUUCCUCAACUUCAGUGUCAUUGUUUACACUGAUGUUCGAGAAAGCCAACUCUUACGACUCAGCCGGAUAGUCUCACCGGCCCGAAUUCCCAUCGUUAUCUGCAACAGCACCGGCUUCUUGGGUUACCUACGCGUCUCAGUGCUCGAACACGCCAUCAUUGAGUCGCAUCCGGACUCCACUAGGCCGGACUUUCGUCUUGACAGGCCACUGCCCGCCCUGGUGAAGCUGGCCAACCAACCAGAUCAUGAUCUGGACACCCUGCCGGCCAAGGAGCUGGCUCACAUACCCUGGCUAAUCAUUAUUCACAAAUUUGUGGAACGCUUUCGCACCUCUGUAAGUGCUGUAUUUAACCAAAUCUUAGCCUGUCAUAAAUUGAUGUUGUAA